AUGAGUGAUGCUGUUACACUGACUGUAUCAUCAGAUAAACCACAGACAGUUUUAAGUGUUUCUCCACAGCAGUGGUUGACUGAAGGAGAUUCAGUGACUCUGAUGUGUGAGGUUAUAAAUUCAUCUACAGGCUGGACAUUCAGCUGGUUCACUGUACAGAUGAAUAAAGAUGAUUAUCAGCUCAUAAACAGCAGUGGAGGAUCUAAAGGCAUCUACACAGUGAGUUCAGUGACUGUGAAGCACACAGGAGUUUAUAUGUGCAGAGCAGAGAGAGGAGAUCCAGUCUAUCACACAGAGUACAGUAACACACAAACACUGUGGAUCACUGGUGUUUCUCCUUCAGUCUCUCUGAUCAUCAGACCCAACAGAUCUCAACACUUCUCAUCUGAAUCUCUCUCUCUGAGCUGUGAGGAUCACAGUAACUCUACUGGAUGGACAGUGAGAAGAUACACAGACAAACUGAAACCUUGUUCAUCAUCAGACUGGAGAUCUACAGGAACAACAUCUACAUGUACAAUCAGAUCUCUCUUCACAUCUGAUACUGGAGUGUACUGGUGUCAGUCUGAAUCUGGAGAGAAACUUCAUCCUGUUAAUAUCUCAGUACACAAUGUUGAUGUGAUUCUGGACAGUCCUGUUCAUCCUGUGACUGAAGGAGAUCCUCUGACUCUACACUGUUUAUAUCGAGAUAAAAAACCCUCUAAACUGAGAGCUGAAUUUUAUAAAGAUGGAUCAGUGGUGCAGAAUCAGACUACAGGAGACAUGAUGAUCAUCCCUACAGUCUCAAAGAUAUAUGAGGGUUUCUACUACUGUAAACACCCAGAGAGAGGAGAGUCUCCAAAGAGCUGGAUCUCAGUCAGAGUUUCAGGUUUUUAUCAGGAGAUGUUUGGCCUCAAGAGUUUUACUUUUCCAUUGGCAGUUUGUCCAUAUCUGAUAGCGUCAGUCGUGCUGGGUGUCAAAUGCUACAGACUGAGAGGUGAAACAUCUGUCUGAUUUAUUGGGUCAUUAUAUUCGAUUAUUAUACUGAAUUAAACAAAUUAGUUCAUAUUGUCAUUAUCACUGGAUGUAGCUGGAUUAUAUUUGUAUAAAAUAACAUUGAUGUCUUUAUGAUUGAUGAGUUGUGUUUAAUUUGUUGUGGCCUCAAUAAUUUGUAUCAUAGUG